AUGGCAGAUGAUGAUGGGUUUGCCCUUUAUAACUAUGAUCCGAGUGUCGCUGCAAGUGUGAUAUUUGCACUAGUCUUUGCCACUAGCGCAGCAGUUCAUAUUUGGCACGCUUUUUUCAAGGCCAGAGCCUGGUUUUUUACCGCAUUCAUCAUUGGCUCCAUUAGUCAGUACCCUUUCCAUUCUGCGACGUACCACACUCGCUUUCUUCUCGAAGCCUGCUGA